UUUUUUCUCGCUUAUUUUUCUCUUUUCAAUUGAAUUUCCAACCAGUGUUCUUUUCUCGUAUUCGUAUUCGUAAUAUUAAACUUUUCUAUCUAUAUAUAUGAUGGAGUCAACUAAAGCAAAAAGGACGACGGGGUCUUUCACGGCGCGACCACGACCGGCCAACACGCGGUUCAACUCCAACAUCACGAGCCGCACAGCCAGUCCCACGACUCGCUCCCCACAAACACCCACACCAUCAUCAGCAGUACCAACGGCAGAAGCAACCACCUGGCAAGCGACCAAAGCCAACCGCACCUUGCUCGUAGGCUCAACGAGCAACAAUUCGAUGCAAAGGAUUAGCAGCACUGAUCCUUUACAUGCGCGCAACAUUUCCAUUGACAGCACCAUUGUGUUCCAGGGCAUUGUGGAUAUCUGUGUUCUGCAUGGCCAGGUAUCGGUCUAUGAGUAUGCAGUAGGGGCGCAGUGGGUGCGCGUGUAUUCGCCAUCAUCACACCCCCUGGUAUCCAUUCGCGCCGUAGCCGGAUGCGAACCCCAGGUGGACGCGCAAGAAAACAACAGCAAUGAUAUUGUGGAACUGCAGGAGCUAUGGAAGGAACACGUGAGCCUUGACACAGCGGGGGUUGGAUCGGCAUCGAUCGUGGCAAUUCGCUCUGUUUCCUGCGGCUUGGACAGUAUCGGCAGUGUGGCACCUCCCUACCGCAACCUGUUUACACCAGAUAGUCUUCCGGAGCGUGUAUCCGCAGGGCAGCCACGCGGAUCUCUCAAGCGCAGACUCAACCAAACGCCCAUGGCCAUGGACACGGAUGCAACGUACGACAGUGACACUGAGAUGAUGCCCGUAGACGAGUACGCGGUGACGGAGCAGGAACUACAGGCGGCUAUCGGGGUGCCUGGGUUCUACCCCAUAUCGCAUAUAACGCCGGACAUGCAGUUGCUGCAGGUGCCACAGGACUGGAUGGACACGCUGGAUUUGGCGUCAAAGGCGCCACUGCAAUUGGACGAUGGCUUUGAGCCCAUCUCGCCAGUCUACGUAAUGGCAGGCGCGCAGGGUCAGGGCAAGUCGACCUUUACGCGUCAGCUCAUCAACCGCCUGUUGGGCCGAUUCGGACGCGUGUUCUACAUGGAGACGGAUAUUGGACAGUCGGAACUCUCUCCUCCGGGGGCCCUCUCCCUUGCCAUGCUUCAGGCCGAGCCCCUGCAUGCCGUGUAUAUGGGCGUGGUGUCGCCCAAGAACGAUCCCGAUAGGUAUGUCAAGGCUAUCGGAAGGUUGGCGUCUGUUUACAGGGACCAUAUGGCGGGGGAGCGCGCACAGCAGGUGGUCACCAAAGCCGGAAAAGCAGCCAAGUCGUUGGAUCACCUGGUGGUUCCCCUGGUGGUCAACACGCAAGGGUGGCUCAAGGGACUGGGUCUGGAUCUGCACUACUCCCUGUGCGAGACCGUCCAACCGACCAAUUACAUCCAGCUGCACGACGCUGCGGCCACGCAGCAGGAAAACCAAUUGAUUGGUGAUUCGGGUAAUGGGGUGGUGCCGUUCAUUGACUUUUCGUCGAUUUCUGGGCGUGAUCCCAGGCUGACGUGGAUUUCGGCCAUGAGCUAUGACCGCGCAACCCUGGCACUGCGCGCCACACCGGCUGCUGCUACUACUUCCACUGCUGCCAUUGGGUCGGUAGAUGACUCGGAGCCGCAGCCAAUUUUGGAUGCCAGCCGCAAGGGCCCCAAGCUGAUGGCCAGAGACAUGCGCGACCUCUCUCUCAUCUCGCAUUUUUACGCCAGCAGCAGCAAUGUGCAGCAGUUGGAUUCUCCGCAGUGGGACAUGCACCAGCCGCUGGCAUCGCAGACGCCCUUGGUUAUCCCGUGGAAAGACCUGGUGGUGUGGUUGGGCGAGGAGGACAUUCCAGCCAGCCAGUUUCUGCGCGCCCUCAAUGGAACCCUCGUCGGACUGGUGUGCGUAUCCAAGGCUCCCAACUCGACCAACGCACAUACAUGGACGGAUGGCGAAAUCAAGGGACUUUAUGCCGGCAACCAAGGCGUAACGGACCACGGUGCCCUGCAGCUGAGCGAACCCGGAUCGCGCGCGCUCCUGAGAUCCCAAACCAACAAUGAGUUGCCACAGAUUGUCUACGGACAUCCCAAUGUGGGUAACACGACGUUUUUGGCGCAUGCGUUUGUCAGAUCGGUUGAUCCCGCAACCAAGUCGUUGCAUGUUUUGGUGCCACCCCUGGUUAAAGGUAGUAGUGGCUUGGUUGGCCGUAUUGUUGGGUUUGUUAAGGGUCCUGGACCGAGUGCGGUGGGCGUGGAGAUGCCCAUGUGGGCGAUUAUUGAUGGCGGCUAUGCUGCGAGAGCUAUUGGAUCAUCGGCAGCAGCGGCUGUGGCGAGAGGCAAGUUUGGCGGGGGGAAAAGAGGGUCUAAGAAAACUGUGGCUGAUGAAGAGGAUAGCGGCGUGUCGCUGGGUAUUCAGGAGGCACCGUACCUUUCGGUGGACUUUGAUGGUGGCAUUGCAAAGACGAGAAGCGGGCCUUUGCGCCGCACGCUCCAACAAUAAAUAAAAAUAAAAAUAAAUACAUUUCCCUUUCUUCUUCGUAAAUACAAAUUAUUAUAUAUUCA